AUGGACUACGUCGACGUUGAGAAGAAGGCCGCCGACGCCGAGGUGUCUUCCAACCCCUCCGGCCACGGCGGCGCCGUGCCUGGUGAGAGCUUCGAGUAUGGCAACAGCCUGUACGCCAAAGUCCAGAGGCUGGCUGGCCGCUUCAACAUCGAGCAGAGAGGCAUUGAGCGUGUGCCCGAAGACGAGCGCACCGAUCACUCGCUCCUGAACGUCGGCACCAUGUGGCUCUCCGCCAACAUGGUUGUCAGUUCCUUCGCCAUUGGUUUGCUGGCCCAAUCCAUAUUCGGCCUCGGUGUCGCCGAUGCUAUGCUCGUCUGCUUGUUCUUCAACAUCCUCGGCAUUAUUCCUGUGUGCUGGUUCUCGUCUUUCGGCCCCGUCUUUGGCCUCCGUCAGAUGGUGCUCUCCAGAUUCUGGUUCGGCUGGUGGGGCGUGAAACUCAUUGCCUGCUUCAAUGUCUGCGCUUGCAUAGGCUGGUCCGCCGUCAACUCCAUCGUCGGUGCCGAACUGAUCCAUGCCGUUAACGAAGACGUCCCUGGCUGGGCCGGCAUCAUCAUCAUUGCCUUUUGCACCUUCUUCGUGACCCUGUUUGGCUACAAGGUCGUCCACGCCUACGAAUUCUACAGCUGGAUCCCGACCUUCAUCAUCUUCCUCAUAGUUCUUGGCACCUUUGCUCACAGCGGCGCCUUCGUCAGCAUUCCCUGGGGCGUCGGGCAGUCGGAGAUGGCCGGUGUUCUGAGCUUUGGUGUGACCGUGUAUGGCUUUGCUACCGGUUGGGCAAGCUACGCCGCCGAUUACACCGUCUAUCAACCUUCAAACCAGAGCCGCCGCAAGGUCUUCAUCUCAACCGCUCUUGGUCUGAUUUUCCCGCUCCUGUUUACCGAGAUGCUGGGCAUUGCUAUCAUGUCUGCUACCGCCAUCAACGAUGGAGACAACAGGUACCAAGUUGGCUACACGAACUCGGGCACUGGCGGUCUGCUUGCCGCCGUGCUGUUCCCUCCCCUCGGCGGCUUUGGCAAGUUCUGCUUGGUUAUCCUCGCCCUGUCCAUCAUUGCGAACAACUGCCCCAAUAUUUAUUCAAUUGCUCUCACCAUGCAAGUCUUUGGUCGUUGGGCGCAGUCCGUCCCUCGUCCGAUCUGGACCCUGCUUGGAACAGGUGUCUACAUCGCAAUCGCUAUCCCUGGCUACUCGCAUUUCGAGACUGUUCUUGAAAACUUCAUGAACUUCAUCGGCUACUGGCUUGCUAUCUAUGAGGGCAUCGCUGUGACCGACCACUUCCUCUUCAGGCGCGGCAUUGCCGGCUACGUCCCGGAGCAUUACGAUCAGCCGUCCAAGCUGCCCCCGAGCAUCGCCGCCGUCCUCGCAUUCGGCUUCGGCGUCGCCGGCAUGAUCACCGGCAUGUCGCAGACCUGGUACGUCGGCAAGAUUGCUUUGCACGCCUCCGGUGGGGACGUUGGCUUCGAGCUCGGCUUCGCCUUCGCCGCCGUAAGCUACGCGGUUCUGAGGACCGUCGAGCUGAAGGUCUUUGGAAGAUAG